CUUGGAUCUUGGGACGGUGUGGACGCGUAUUUCAGACUUGCUAUUAUUAUUUUUUCCUCGUUUUAAUUUUUUUUUCUUUUUAAAUAAAAAUCCAAAUUUGGAAAAAUCAUGGACCUCAAAUUUGUCAUUUUGAUUUUUUGUCUCGUCACCCUAAUUAAUGAGUCGUCGUCGAAUGCAAUAUUCACUCUCAUUCACGAUGUUGUCCAAAACAACAUCGCCGGCGUUCCCGCUGUUCAUCAGGCAACGGAAUGGGAUUUCCAUCCGGAAGAAGGCUUGAAACGACGCGUCCUUUUCGAAUCGUUGAAUGGACGAUACGGACAGGAUCUCAUCGAUCGAUUAGGAAUGGGCAUGGGAUUCAAAGGACAAUGGGGCGUCAAAGUAGCGAACCAGGCCAAGCCAGAUCAACGAUACGUUUAAAAAAUUAUUUAUUUGUUAUUUCCAUUAGUAGUCGGAGAGAAAACUGUUGCAUUUUUGUGUAUUUUCACAUCAGCAGAUGGAUUUUUAUUUGUGAUAAAAAUUAUUUAUAAAAAACAGCAUUAAAUACAAGGAUUGUUUGUGCUGAAUAAUAAACUAUAAAAUUUUCCUUC